GUGUUAUUGUUGGCGUGAGAAUUGAGGAAAGAAACACAUAAAGUGAUUAGAAGUAUGUGCGAGUGUUCUGGUGUGUGCGUCGAUGGCAUAUCAGAAGGAUCGUGAUUAACAGAGAGCCACAAGGAGAUCCCAAACAUCAGUGAUGGUUUAUGGCUUUUGGUCGACUGAUGCUUAGAACAACCUGGAAACUCUCAAUGUUACCUAAUUGACAAGAAAUUGAAGACUUUGUAUGACCAGAAAUCAACAGAAGCAUCCCCGAACAUCCUUAUUUCAGAUUUGACACAAGCAUUAGAAGAAAAAAUGGAUGACGAAAUGGUUACACUGCAUAAUGUAAUGCCGGUGGAUCUUGCAAUAAAAAGAGAAAUGGAAUAUCGACAUAAAAUGGAGGCCUUAAAAAACCAGCCACUCAAUAACUUAAAUCCUUUGCUACCUUCCCAAGUUCAUCCCACAAGUCGAACAACAUUAAAGAGAAAAGAGCCAUCUUCAAGUGGAAUAAAACUAAAAAAACAGGCAACCGGGCUUGUUUGCAAGAUUUGUGAGAUAACAUUUUGUACAGUUGGUCAAAUGAAGGAUCAUUCAAAUAGUUUGAAGCACAAACACAUUGUACAACAGUUGAAGAAAAGGGGACAAAAUGUUAGCACUCCAUUUUUAUGUGAGCUUUGUAACUCAUCUUGCUCUAGUGGUAUUGUAAUGGCGGUUCAUCUUAAGGGUACAAAGCAUGCUGCUGUUCUUCAGGAGGUUGAGAAAGCUAAAAGGGCUAGACCCAAAGAGGGAUUCUCUUCAAGAAGGUAUUGAAUGUUUGAUGUAUUGAACAAGAGUAGACUGUUAUAUAUAUAUAUAUAUAUAUAUAUAUAUAUAUAUAUAUAUAUAUAUAUAUAUAUAUAUAUAUAUAUAUAUAUAUAUAUAUAUAUAUAUAUUCGUUAUGAUGUAUGGAAGAAUGAGGGUGAAUGGUAUCGACUGUUUGUAACUUAUUUAUAUCGCAAUUAAAGAAUAUGUGAGGAAGAUGACUUUGAUCUUAGAGGAUUGUAAUUUUGGUGAUGAGAGCCUAGUUGAGAAGUAAAAUUUAUACAGGAGGUUCAAAUCCUGGCACACUCAAAAUA